UCCCACCCCCUUGUCUAAUUGUUGUUGAGUGUUGUUGUGCCUCAAAAUGUCGGCCGCACGCGCCGGCAUGAAGAGGCACAACAGUGUCCGUUUUCUGUUCAAGGUGGUGGAUGGCGUCAAACUGGAGAUGUCCAGAUUGGACUUCUCCAGGAACCUGCUCCAGAAGAAACUGAAAUUCACAGCAGCAGACUUGAACUGCAUCUUGGCCUUGCCUUCUGCGCAGGGCUUUGAUGUUAGUUUCAUAACUGCUUCGUUGCUGAAAGAGUUUUGGUCAAGGUAUGAGGAUUGCAGAGAGUAUAUUUCCCUAGCCUUUGAAAUGGAAAAACUGACGGACAACACCUUGAAAGUGGUGAUUGUCCGGAUGUUUAAUGAGACGGUUAACCCGGAGGAUGUUUCUUUGUGGUUGAGUAGGUACUGCAAAGUAACCGGGCCACCGGCGAAAGUGAUGGAUCAGGAUGGCAUCUGGAAUGGGGCGUGGAGAGUACCCAUUCAGCAGCUCCCUGAUCCAACAGGGUACGAAGGACUGAGGCAGUUACCCUCCCUCAUUGUGUUGGGGGAGAACAGGGGCUUCGUACACUACCAGGGACAGCCUAAAUUGUGCAGGAAGUGUGGGAAGCACGGGCACCUCGCGGAGGCAUGCCAUGAGGUGGUUUGUGGAAAGUGCAGGGAGAUUGGGCAUGUCUUCGCGGAGUGCCCGAAUGGGAGAGCCUGCAACUUGUGUGGCGGGCUCUCCCACCUGUUCAGAGACUGUCCUCAGUCCUUUGCAAACAGGCUCAAGGCGGACAGGGCGCCUGUGGAGCCUGUGGUAGAGGCGGAAAAGGAAGACCGGGGGACGGAGGGGGUAGCCCCGGUCUUAGUCCCUGUUUUUAACCCUGUUUUGACCCCUGUUUUAAGGCCCCCGACCCCUGUUUUAAGGCCCCUGAUCCAGGAGGUGGAGGAGGAGGUGAAGGAGGCGGGAGCGGGAGCGGGAGCGGGAGCGGGAGCGGGAGCGGGAGCGGAAGAGGAGGGAAAAAGCGGUGGAGAGGAUAGAACACCGGGGGAGCCGAGUCCCGCCACCUCCUCCACCUCCACCUCCUCUCCCAGCACCAGCACCAGCACCAGCAGUAGCGAAGGGGAUUUUAUCCAGUGUGGUCAAAAUCUUAUGGGGAAACGGCCCAGAGAUCUGUCCUCUGACAUCGAUCCUGCCGAGACGGGGAGGCCUGAAGUGAGCUCUAGGGAGUCAGAUUCCUCCACUAGGGUAUUUCCUUCAAACUCUCCUAACCAGAUUGCCUUUUUAGACGUGAAUCUCGCCUCUACCCCCAAGGAGAGUAAAGGCCUCCCCAAAGGAAAGAAAAAAAAAGAAAUGAAGAGCGAAGAGGUGAGUAUCCCCAUUUUAUCAUGA